GGUACUUAACGGGCAAAAAGGAUCUUAGCACCUGAUACUGUGAGCUGUAUGAGUGAAGUUAGUACUGAGAUAAUCUGUUGUUUUCAGAGGUCUAACUCUCAUUGCCAAAAACUAAGUUUGUGGAAUCUUUUAGUGCUUUAGCAAUUCUGAAUUUUGAUAUAUUGUUAUUCUCUACGAGCCUUAGUGAAACUGUUGUUUUUCUUCGUUUCAUCAGCAACAAAAAUGACAUACAACCACUGUACCUCUAUACUUGAUGAUUCUUGCUGACUAAUCAUUCUUCAGCAAAAGCUCUAUCAAUUUGUUGUGAAAUCUCUUUUCGUAAAAAAUCUAUCAGGAAAGCACUUUUUCAGAGUAGUGACUGAAUUUGAAUCGAUGAUACUACGACCGUCUUGCUGUUCUGCAGUCCGAAAUCCAAAUUGAAGUAGUUAUUUGAAUCAUCCGAUUCCUGUAGACGAUCAGGAGAAUAUUCAAAUCCUUACCUAAAAUAAUCAGGAACUGUGAUAUGGAUUCGAAUCCUUCACUUGAUAAGACGAAUGGUUCGGACUCUCGAUGCAUUUAUUUCGAGGACAUCCAAUUUUUUUCUCCAAAUAUCGAUAUGUCGUCAUGGAACAAAAAUGAAGUAAACAAAUAUUUUCAUGUUCUUGAAAACAACCCGACGGACUGUUUCACUGUCGUAAAUUUAUUGAUUCCAACCAACAGAGAGGGGAUUUUAUGCAUUACGGACUCAAUUUCCAAUGAACAAUUAAUUUGUUUUCCACUUAAUGAGAUCAAGAAUUUGUCCAAGGGAUCGGACACCGCAACAGCAAAUUAUGUCUUAUUAACUCACGGUACUUCAUCAAAUAACGAAGCGAUAGACCCGUCUUCAGAAGAGCCAUUGAACAUGUACCUAACACAUAUAUUACGGUGUCCAACAUAUCAUGGGACGUUAAGGAUAAUUGAUGUUAUCCGUCGAAUCAUUACUGAAGAAACUGGAUCCACUGCUACUAGAUCGGGGGUGUGGGAGCCUACAAGUGUUACUUUACGUUUACAUUUGGAUAUAAGAGAAGAUGACGGAUCGAGUGUUAACUUUACUCCUGUACCAAAAGAAAAAUCAGAAUUAUUUAAAAUGAGAAAGAGCACAGCUAAACGACUAUUUGUUGGUGUCAGUCAAUUAGACGGUCGUGUUUAUCUACCGAUAAAUGGAAUUUUGGAUGUAUGUUUGGGUUAUGGUCGUUAUUUAUCGGAUAGUGAACUAACCUAUUUGGGAGGCGAAGAAAACGUCACCCGAGGAGAAGCAUCAUCUAACUCUCUAAACGGUACUUCAUUUUCUACCUGGGUUACUUGGCCAUCAAAUCAUAAUCAGUUCUCUAUGUUCGAUGUCAUUGGAACUCGUGAUGAAUGUAUAUUCUUCACAGUUGUUGUACGCCUACUUAUCCAUAAACUUGAAGAACCAUUAGCUCUGCGACGAAUCUGUCGAGCGCGUGUUUAUAAGGCAGAUGAAAUAUUUUGGCUCUCUUUAGAUAGAAAACCUGUUAUAGAAGAUUAUACUAUUAAAUUAACUGAGAGUAUAGAUGAAAAUGGAAAUUUAUACGCUGGUAAAAUACAGAAAAUUCUCAAUGUUACUGCAUUUCAUCCAGAAAAUAAUCAAUCAAUUGUUCCAUCAGUUGUUAAUCAAACUGAAGAUAGUGACAAUGAACCAUUGAUGAGCGGUAAUGGAAUUGUAUCUAGAGAAGUUACGGAUGAUCAGCUACUUCUUGAAUGGGGUCAUUUAGUUACUGAAUGGCAUCACAAAGUCAGACAAAGUCAAGCUAAUGGUCUCGGCGUAUCUACAAAUUCUUUGAGAAUUGAAUUAUUGCAUAGUGGUUGUUCUGGUCCUCAUAUUUCUCAUUUCGGUUCUGCAUUUUGUCAACGAAUUAGAAGGCUAGUUAGUCGUGGCAUUCCGGAUGCCUUACGAGCUGAAGUUUGGCAGUUAUUAUCCGGUUGUCCUGUUGAUGAAAGUGGACUGAUGGAUGCUUAUCGAAUUCUUAUUACUAAACCAUGUAAACAUGAUGAAGUUAUACGUCGUGAUUUAGCACGUACAUUUCCAGCUCAUAGUUUCUUUCGUGAUAAAAUUGGACAGGAAAGCCUUUUUCUUGUUAGUCGUGCUUAUGCUUUGUACGAUGAAGAAGUUGGUUAUUGUCAAGGUUUAACAUUUUUUGCCGCUGUAUUAUUACUUCAUAUGCCAGUAGAACAAGCCUUCACAUUAUUAGUACAAGUGAAUAACAAUUAUGGAGUUAGAGAAUUUUUCUUAAAUGAUUUUGAUGGAUUACACAUGCGAUUAUAUCAAUUGGAUCGUAUUAUUCAGGAUCAAUUACCAGAUGUAGCAAAACAUUUUAGUGAUCUUGGCUUAGAAACUCACAUGUUCGCUAGUCAAUGGUUUUUAACAUUGUUCACAGCUAAAUUUCCAUUAACUGUUGUCUUUCAUAUUGUUGAUCUGUUUCUGACUGAGGGUUUAAUAUUCAUAUUCAAAGUAUCUUUAGCACUAUUGCAAUUGGCUAGACGUGAUUUACUCGGUUUGGACUUUGAAGGUGUUCUCAAGCAUUUGCGUGUUGCGAUGCCAAAAAAAUAUUUAGCCCAUGAUGCUAAUCAAGAAUUACUUAGUAUUGCAUUAUCGGCUAAAUCACUGAAGUCAUCGUGACUGAUUCUUACCUAUAUCAUCCAACUUCAACUCUGAUUGGGGUUUCGGCACAGGCCCAUACCAGGUAGUCUACAUCAGUCAGUCAGCUACAACGUAGGAGCAGGCAUACAUAUGCAUUGGUUCAAGUUGCCAUACAUACACCAACAUGGCUCAGAUCACCGGUCAGUGACUUCGUGGUUUGAUCCCCUUUGGCUUUCUUCCAAUCUGUUUCUACAGCGGCCAUCAUCCUACGUUGAUCUGGGGUUUACUAGGCAUACAUAACACAUGUCUCAACUAUCUCAGUUGGUGAUGAUUCAAGACUUCAUUAAUCGACUUCUCAUCUUUACCCAGUUCCCUAAUGUCUAACUACAGCAUUUCUCAUUCAGUUGUUCCACAACAGAGUAGCUCAUUAUAAACUGGAAAGAUCAAAUAAUUAUGAUUCAACCAAUGCUGUUUUUAUCUGUCACUAGUAUAUAAAUACAUUUUUGAUCUACUUACCAUGUCUUUUUCUAUAAUCCAUUGUGUUAGGAGGAAACUACCAAAAGAAUAUAUUGUUUCCACUCUCCCUGCAGCCAGUAUAGGUCCCUGACGUAAACUAUGGUCAUUGAAUUAUUGGCUAAUAAACUCAUUGUUCAUCAAACUAAAUGUCUAGUUAAUCUUAUUCAUUAGAAUCCUGGUUAUUUAAAGUCUCUGAAUUAAGGGAUAUUUCAAAGACAUUAACAAAAACUGUUUGUCUGUUGAUUGAAUAAGAAAAUCUGCUCCUAGUGUUAAAGUAAAGACGAAUUAUUAUCGGCUGUAUGGUAUAAAAUUUCCAUAUUUAAUAUCUUAAACAUUUUAAGUGAUUAGUAAAUGUUUCGUUGACUGUUUAUUUUAUUGGCAGUGUCAUUAUCCGUAUCGAUUUGUUAUUUGAUCACAUUCACUUGUAUCUAAGGUCAAUUGUUUUCAUAUUGGUUUCUAUUAAUUCGAAGUUCUAGAGCUUUAUUUAUGGUAAUAUAAUACUUUUUUAUAAGUAAAUACCAUUCACAUCAUCCUGUCAUUUUCUGACUUCAAAUUAUGUUGUGCAGUGUUGUUAUACAAGUGUGAUGAUUAAUUUCUUACUGGAACCUUGUUUGAAUCAGCAUAAAUUUAUCGCACGUUUGUAUCGCUUUUUUUGAACCAUUUCUAUUCUCAUAUUCCAUUUAUAUCUAUACACAUCGUGUAGUAAUAACAUAACGUUUUACUAUUAUUAUUUAAAACUACACAAUCUGGCAUUAUAAUUUUUUUAUUACAUCAUCGUGUUUAUUCAUUAUUCAUAUUUCCUCACAGGAUACGACAGUACAGUUUGAAAAGAGAUCCCAUUAAUGAACUUUAUGUUCUUCUAUGUUUUAAAUGAUAAAUGUGUCUAAAAGCUAAAACAGUUUAGGUUGAUCUGCUUGCAUUAAGAAUCCUUAUUAUUAUUAAUCUCCUUUAUUCAGUCCACUUUGUUUUUAUCAUUCUGUUUGUUCAACAGUUACUUCUCUAUCUUGAAAUUUUCUAAUUAAUUAAGAAAUGAAUUUUUACCAUCAGGUUUAACAACUUCACAUGAUAAUAUAUGGCUUCCUAUUGCCGUAAUCACAAAAUAUUUAGUAAAAAUCUGUUAGAUUCAACGGAAUAUUCCAUCUGAGGUCGAUUAAAUUCCAAAGGUCAUUUUUGUUUCUCGGAGCAUUUGUGUACAAGUGAUUAAAUGGUUCUGCAGUAAACGGUAACCAGCUUAAAGUCAAGUUUCACAUUCAAUGUGAUAAACCGAGCAACAGCGAUCAACUUCGCACAGACGAGCAUAAAAAUGGCCAGUUCAAUACGUCCGGAGAAAUAACAAGUCUACCAGCCACCAAGAAGACAUUUAGUUUACGGUUAACCGAUGAAAUACAAAAGUGAAAUUAUAGAAUAAAAUACUGGUUACCCAUUAGUAGUACAAUUACAGUUUCACAGCUGUGACUUAAUCUAUCCAUCUGUUAGUGUUUCUAUAGGGAUGAAACUGAGGCAUAGAGUUCUUCGCAUAACUUCGCUGUACCAAACAACUAGAUGCGUGAGGUUUCUUCUAUAUCAAUUCAUAAUUAACUUUCUAAAACGUCUACAUUCCACUUUGUCACUUUCUUGUAAACUAGUUUACUCUGGUAGCUAAUUCUUUUAAUCAAAAUAUUAGCGUCAAUUGUUAUAUUUCGUUUAGAUGGUUUAGUUAUAUCAAUUUUUUAUUUACGUCAUAUCAUUCCUCAUCUAAUUCGCGUACGGUUCUCAUAUAGUUUACCUAUUUUCGAGAUUGAACUAUUUUAUUAACAUUUCAUAUUUUCCCCCUAUUUCUUCAAUAGAUUCAUCUUACAUUUCUUUACGUUUGUAUUUUCUCUACUCUUAUGAAAAUAUUCUCACAGGAUUACCAUACAUUACUUACGCUAUUUCUCGUAUAUUUAGACACGCGAAAUCCAGUUUGUGGUUUUGGUUUUUUAAAUUUCAAUUACAAACCAACAUUGGAACAGUCAUGUAGUAAUACUUGUCAUCUUUCACAAGUCAUCAAUAUGUAAACAAACUUCUACGGAGUUGCAUAGUCCUUGUGUUGACGUGAACAAUGAGUCUUUAAUCCUUUUAAGUCUCAAUGAUUAUUGUAGUAUUAUCAUUAUUCUAAAUAUUGAAUUUUUAAGCUUCACUUCUACAUUGGUUUCAUAAAUCUCGGUAUUCUCUCACGUAAUCAGCUACUUACUCUCCAUCACCGUGUUUACCAACUUAUAUGCAGGCUUCUCUGUGAUGAAGAACAUCUCAACCAAUACAAACUAAUCUUCUAUUGAUAUCUAGCUCCCUGUCUAAUUCUGUUUUCAAGAGGAUGAAUAUUGCUAAUUAUGUCAUCUAGCCAUUAAAAGACAAUCACAUUAUUGUCAAAUUGCUCAUAGUUUCUUGCUUCAUACGUGUUAUUUUUGUAAAUCAAAUAUUAUCCUAGCCUUACAAUCCACAAUAAUGUUUUCUUCUAGUGUGUGAUUUCCAAAUGAAUAUUCAUAUAUUACACAACCAUAAAUCUUUAGGGUUAUUUCAGUUUUAUUAGCAGUAGUCCGAUGUAUUCCAGUCGAUCAUGAUUGUUAUUAUUAUUUCCACUAAUUGAUGUGCGCAUGUAAAUUAAGUAACACUUGUCCAGGCAAGUAAAUUAUGAUAGUACGUGAUUCACUGAACCUUUAUCAACAUAACUAGAGACUUAGAAUAAAAAUUGUAUAUUUUUUAAUUUUCAUACAUUUUAUCGUUUAUCCAGCAUUAAUCGGUUGGUAUUUUGACAAAAACGAUUGAAUUGAUCUACUGUAUUCAUCAUAGAUCCUGUCAACACUUCUAACUAUUUGUCAUAUUUCAUAAUACCUUAAGUAUAGGAUAGAUGGGAUGUGUCUAGAAGUGAAAUCCAGGGCUUGUAUCCCGUCUUUUUGGGGACUGGCCAACUGGGUGGACCUGGAUAUCGAAGGUGAUGUCCUUCACGGGACUCAAACUUAGUACCUCAGAUACCUUUGGUGUUCAAAAUGACAAUGAUAAACUCCUUCUGUUUUUACUUACUUAAAUGUAUUUCCUCCGAAGUACCUAGUUUUUUGCUCAUUAUUUCAAAUUAAUACAGGUAUUUCGCGUAGCAUUUUCACUUUUACCAUGGAAACAUAUAUCAGGAGUUCUAAGUUUGGUAGUAAAAAAUAGCUUUGUCUUAUCAAUUAUGUGAAAAAAGACAGAUUCUGUAUAAUUAUUUAAGUUAAUACGCCUUAUUAAUGUAAUGAUCAGAAAUUCUCUUUCAACUCAUUGUUAAAUUCGUUUGUAUUUCCCAUCUUUAUUCUCUUCUUAUCUAGUAAUCUUUUGUUUAGUACAUUAUAGUACUUACUACUGUUCAGUAACCAGUAUCAAUUUUACUAACUUUUGAGAACAUGAUGCUUGACGUAUAUCUGUUGUUGUUUAGUAUUUCCAAACGUUUACAUAAACUUGUGACAUUGGACUUACUUAUUAGUGAUAGCAUUUCUUUAGCAUAUAUAACAGUCGUUUCUAACUUCGAUGGAAUUGUUAUUAUUAUUAUUAAUGGCUUUAUUCAAUAUUAUAAUCUGGUACAAUAUAGAAUUCUCAGCACGAGUUAUUUCAACAAGUUUUUUUUACC